UUCGGUCAUUAUGGCACAACAAAAGUCCAAGGAGUCCCAGUUCGAUUCCGAAUCCUCCGAAAGGUGGCAAUUGAGCCCGAAGAGGAGGAUAGCCAUUGCCUCGUUCUUUGGCGAACUAAUGGCCACUGCGAUGUUCGUAUUCAUCGCCUGCAUGGGCUGUGUCCAAACCCCACUUCUGAGCAAUACCCAUUUCCAGAGUGGUCUGACCUUCGGCCUGGCCAUCCUCAUAGCCAUCCAAUGCUUUGGCAUGGUGUCCGGUGCCCAUCUCAAUCCGGCCGUCACCUUGGCUGCCUGGAUUUGCGGAUUCAUUGGCUGGGCAAAGGCCUUGGCCUAUUUCGUGGCCCAGGCCCUGGGUGCUCUCAUUGGCUAUGGCCUACUGGUAGCUGUCCUGCCCCAGAAUGCCAUCAAAGGUGUGGAUAAUCCGGCCGGAGUUUGUGUCACCGUCCUGGCCACUGGAAUCAACGAAGUUCAGGGCGUGUUCAUCGAGUUCCUCAUCACCUGUUGUCUAGUGAUGGUGGCCUGUUCUUUGUGGGAUCCUCGAAACAGCAAGUUUCAGGACUCGGUUCCCAUGAGAUUCGGUCUGGCCGUAUCCUGUUUGAUCCUAACAGCGGGUCUUUUUACGGGCGCCAGUAUGAAUCCCACUCGGUCUUUGGGUCCAGCGGUUUGGAAUAAUUCUUGGUCAAGUCAUUGGAUAUAUUGGGUGGGUCCUUUGCUGGCAGGAGCAGUCACCUCCCUGGUCUAUAAGUACGCCUUUCAGGGAGAGGAAGUAAUAGAGUUGGAAAAUUCUAAUGCCAAAAUACGAAUGAUUGGAGAGGUUGUAGUGCAAUAA